CGAGCGACGCCGGGGCCGGAGAGAGAGGGAGAGGGAACCACACAGGACCGUACGCCGGCGGCAGGCGGCGGCGCAGGAGGCGCUUACAUGGGAGUAGAGGCGGGCGGGUGCGGGCGGAGGGCGGUCGUCACCGGGUUCUACGUCUGGGGCUGGGAGUUCCUCACCGCCCUCCUGCUCUUCUCGGCCGCCGCCGCCGCCGCCUCCUCCUGCUAGAGCGCGCCAGCAGCUCCCGGCCACCAGCAACCUUUAGCUUCUUCUUUCCAUAGAUAGGCAAACCGUGCACACAAGUAGUGAUCGGUUACUAGUUAGCAGCAGGCAGCAGGGGGAGGAUACAAUACAAAUAUAGCCGAGCGAGAUUCGCGUGACCACCAGCAGCAGCAAGCAGGGAUGGAACUGGAAGCGGAGGCCGUGGCGGCGGCGGGGCAGCCGCCGGCGUCGUCGAAGCCGACGAGGGCGGCCGGCGGGCCCGCGCCGUUCCUGACCAAGACGCACCAGAUGGUGGAGGAGGCGUCGACGGACGAGGUGAUCUCGUGGGCGGAGCAGGGGCGAUCCUUCGUGGUGUGGAAGCCCGUGGAGCUGGCGCGCGACCUCCUCCCGCUCCACUUCAAGCACUGCAACUUCUCCUCCUUCGUCCGCCAGCUCAACACCUACGGUUUCCGGAAGGUGGUGCCGGACCGGUGGGAGUUCGCCAACGACAACUUCCGGCGCGGCGAGCAAGGCCUCCUGUCCGGCAUCCGUCGCCGCAAGUCCACCACGCCGCAGCCCUCCAAGUCCGGCGGCAGCGCCGGCGUGAACGUCGCGUUCCCGCCGCCGAUGCCCCCCGCGUCGGGCAUCACGUCCGGCGGCGGCAACGAGCGCAGCUCCUCCUCGGCGUCGUCGCCGCCGCGGGCCGACCUCACCAGCGAGAACGAGCAGCUCAAGAAGGACAACCGCACGCUGGCGACCGAGCUGGCGCAGGCGCGCCGGCAGUGCGAGGAGCUGCUGGGCUUCCUCUCCCGGUUCCUCGACGUCCGCCAGCUCGACCUCGGGCUGCUCAUGCAGGAGGACGUCCGGGCGGCGGCCGGGGACGCGCACCAGCAGCAGCAGCAGCAGCAGCGCCGCGCCGCGGCCGACCCGCUGGAGCGCGGCGGCGAGGAGGGGAAGAGCGUGAAGCUCUUCGGCGUGCUCCUCAAGGACGCCGCGAGGAAGAGGGGCCGGUGCGAGGAGGCGGCGGCCAGCGAGCGGCCCAUCAAGAUGAUCAGGGUCGGUGAGCCGUGGGUCGGCGUGCCGUCGUCGGGCCCGGGCCGGUUCGGCGGUGAGAACUAAAAGUCUGGCCCGUCUGGAACUGAUGCGCGCCAUGGCCGCCGUCACAUUGCCAGCUUUACAGCGAAGUAUCGUGCAAGCUGAGGUUGAUGGUAAGGGUAAUUCCAUCGAUGAACCAAGUAACAAAAGCCAGUGCUGUGGUAAAACUGUAAAUGCAGAACACAAGACACCGGAGACUCGCAUAACGCGUGUUAAGAAUUAAUCAUGGAAUGCUUUAUUAUUAGGGGUAGGAAGAUUAUUGAAGGUAGUAUAGAAAGAGUAAAAGGGCUACCAAGGAGCCCCGUGUGCUCAGAAUGGUACAUUAUCAUUUCCUCCAACUAUAUGAAACCCAUUAUUUCUUGUUUACAACUUAAUAGUGGUUUGGUUGA